AUGGAUCUUUUUUUUGAAAUUCAGCGGAAGAAAACCCACAUUUUUUGUGAUGCGAAAGAAAAUGCACCGAUCUUAGAAUUGAAGAAGAUUAUUGAAGGGAUUCUGAAAAUACCUCCCGGUAAAAUGGUAUUGAAACGUAUGACAGAAGAAGGUAGGUGGCACACACUUGAUGAUUCAAAAACCUUAUUAGAAAGUGGUUUUUCACAAGAUAAUGCCAGAGCUCAGGAUCCGGCUACUAUUGGACUUCAGAUAUUGGAUGAAGACGAUGAUGUGAUCAUAGCUGAGUUAUCAACUCCUCCUCCACUUCCUGAUCCAAUGAGGCAAGAGAGCAAGGCCGUUGAACAGUGA